AAAGCUGUCAAUCAUGAUCAAGCACUGUUCUUAUUGGUUGUGGAAAAGACCAGCGUAUCUCAAAUACGUCAUCACGCACAUAUCCGACCUGUCCUUGAAGCCACAACACAGCCAAGAUGGUCGCGUACUGGAGACAAGCAGGCCUCAGCUACAUCCGCUUCUCCUCUAUCUGCGCCAGCGCGCUGCGGGCUGCGCUGAAGCCGGAGUUCAAAUCCGAGGCAUUGAAGGCCGCAGAGGCAAGCGUCAAGGUCCUCAAACCCAAGACAGCGGCAUGAUCUGAACCCAUGAUGUAGAUAGUUUUUCCUUGAGCUGUGGGGUUGGUCAUGUCCUGUCCUGUCCUGCAAGCUGUGGAGAAGGCACAAAAGAUGGAUGACACCAAGAUGAUCUGUUUUGAAACUGUGGACCCGAAUGAAAUAGCUUAUUCCCUAUUAAUUUGUAAUUAAAAUUGUAUUAAAGAUGGACAUCGGAAAUACA